UAGUGCCGGGUGAGCUUGAGGCGCGCUUCGCUUUUCUGUACUCCGGACUAACCAGUGCGGCAAAGGCAUCAUGUCAGACAACGAGGACAAUUUCGAUGGCGAUGACUUUGAUGAUGUGGAAGAGGACGAAGGACUGGAUGACUUGGAAAAUGCCGAGGAGGAGGGUCAGGAGAAUGUUGAGAUCCUCCCCUCUGGUGAGCGACCACAGGCCAACCAGAAGCGCAUCACCACUCCUUACAUGACCAAGUAUGAGCGAGCCCGUGUAUUGGGCACCCGGGCACUCCAGAUCGCGAUGUGUGCCCCUGUGAUGGUAGAGCUGGAGGGGGAGACAGACCCUUUGCUCAUCGCCAUGAAGGAACUCAAGGCCCGGAAGAUCCCAAUCAUCAUUCGCCGUUACCUGCCAGAUGGGAGCUAUGAAGAUUGGGGAGUGGAUGAGCUCAUCAUCACCGACUGAGCAGAGCUGCCGACUGUGCUGGACACCACUUCUACGCCCAUUUUAUAUAUGUAAAUAAUAAAUUUCACCUUCCCA